AUUAAUUGCUUAUUUGUUUCCAAUAUUUUUAAUCAUGACAGGAAAAUAGAUUUUUAGUAAUGGUCAUUCGUGAUUUACUGAAUCUUUGUGAAAUCACAAAAGGAAAAGAUAACAAGGCUGUUAUUGCGAGUAAUAUCAUGUAUGUUGUGGGACAAUAUCCGAGGUUUCUUCGAGCCCAUUGGAAGUUUCUCAAAACAGUUGUUAAUAAAUUAUUUGAGUUUAUGCAUGAAACUCACCCAGGUGUCCAGGACAUGGCUUGUGAUACUUUUCUGAAAAUUGUCCAGAAAUGCAAGCGCAAAUUUGUAACCACUCAGGUUGGAGAAAAUGAGCCAUUCGUUUCUGAACUUUUAUCUAGUUUAUCCAUUACUGUUGCAGAUCUUCAGCCUCAUCAGGUUCACUCAUUCUAUGAAUCUGUUGGUCAUAUGAUUCAAGCUGAACCCCUUCCUGCCAAGAGAGAUGAAUAUCUGAGAAGAUUGAUGGAUCUCCCAAAUCAGAAAUGGGCUGAAAUAAUUGGGCAAGCAAGUCGCAGUGUAGAUGUCCUGAAAGAUCAAGAUGUCAUAAGAACAGUUCUUAACAUCUUGCAGACAAAUACUAGUGCUGCUAGUUCUCUGGGAACAUAUUUCUUCCCACAAAUUUCCCUGGUAUUUUUGGACAUGCUUACCGUCUACAGAAUGUACAGUGAAUUAAUAUCUAACAGUAUUGCUGAAGGUGGUCCUUUUGCUUCAAAAACAUCUUUUGUUAAGCUUUUGCGAUCUGUAAAACGGGAGACACUUAAGCUGAUUGAAACAUUUAUAGACAAAGCUGAAGAUCAGUCACACAUUGGUAAGCAGUUUGUGCCGCCUAUGAUGGAUCCUGUUCUUGGUGAUUAUGCCAGAAACUUGCCAGACGCUAGGGAAUCUGAAGUAUUAUCACUCUUUGCAACCAUCAUAAACAAGUAUAAAAUUGUGAUGAUGGAGUAUGUACCUCGCAUAUUUGAAGCUGUAUUUCAAUGUACUCUUGAGAUGAUCACCAAGAAUUUUGAGGACUAUCCAGAGCAUCGUCUUAAGUUCUUCUCUUUGUUACGUGCAAUUGGUACCCAUUGUUUCCAAGCUUUAAUUCAAUUAUCAAGUCAGCAAUUGAAACUUGUGAUGGAUUCUAUUAUUUGGGCUUUUCGCCAUACCGAAAGGAAUAUUGCUGAGACUGGCCUUAAUCUUCUGUUGGAGUUGUUGAAGAAUUUUCAGGUUUCGGAGUUUUGUAACCAAUUCUAUAGGACAUAUUUUUUGACAAUCGAGCAGGAGAUCUUUGCUGUCUUAACAGAUACAUUCCACAAACCAGGCUUCAAGCUACAUGUUUUAGUGCUUCAGCAUUUGUUUUGCUUGGUUGACUCUGGUGCAUUAACGGAACCACUAUGGGAUACUUCUACAGUUCCAUAUCCAUACUCAAACAAUACAAUGUUUGUUCGAGAUUACACCAUAAAACUAUUGGGGUCAUCAUUUCCAAAUAUGUCAGUUGCUGAGAUAACUCAUUUUGUCACUGGAUUGUUUGAGUCCAAAAAUGAUCCUCCAAAUUUUAAGAACCAUAUACGAGACUUUCUCGUCCAAUCGAAAGAGUUCUCUGCUCAGGAUAACAAAGAUCUUUACGCAGAGGAAGCUGCUGCCCAGAGAGAACAGGAACGCCAGAGAAUGUUGUCCAUUCCCGGGCUCAUCGCCCCUAAUGAGCUUCAGGACGAGAUGUUGGAUUCGUAGUAUCACACGGCUUUUCAACGCUAAUUUCACAGUUAUUUUCUGUUUGCCAGAUUCCUGCAAGCGCCUCACGCUACUUGGCUAAUUCUCUGCUGGUGGUGAUCCGAGGAUGUCUAUUUCUAAUUUGCUGUCCGUGUUUGUUGAUUUGAUUUGUAUGGGCAGGUAGAGGAAACUCUAGCCUGCCAUAGAGAGCCACUUGAACUUGUGAUAUUUUCAGGCUUGCUCUGAUGUCUGGUUGAGAUGUAGCUUCUUGGUAGAAUGUAUUUCCCUACUAUAGGGCUAGCAUGGUGCGUGUUCGGCAUAAUGUAUUUACUAGUAUAGGGGAGUUGAUGUGUUCAUCCCAUAGUUUUUUUUCAUGUCUCCUUCACCUCUGCAAGAAAUAGAAGAAUCAUUGUCGAUAAACCUUUUAUGCUCACUAACAAUGUCAUAUGAAUCACAUUGUUGCAGCUGAAUCUUCAAUUUGAAUUACAAAAAUUUUAAUUUUUAA